AGAGAGAGAGAGAGAGAGAGAGGUCUUGGAGGGUGAUUUUAGUGAUGAUGGUUGAACGUGGAAGUGCAGAGGAGAAAAUGAAACACCCCCAAAAUUUCCUUCAAUGGGAAGCUUUCAACACAAUGGGCCCAACAAUUCCUACUCAGCAACAACCAACCAUCACGUAUUCUUUUCCUCCCAAUACGAUCCACAGUAGCCGACAUUGUAAAGCUCUAAACUUUCACUUUUCAACUAUUUCUUUUUCAUCUUCUUCUUCAAUAUUCACUACACUCUUUUCUCUCCUCCGUUCCUUCCACUUUCCUCAGUCUUUAAUGGCUGCCUAUACCUAAUUUCUACGUGGGUCGGUGUUUGUGCCUUCUGGGUCUCUCUCUUUUUGGUCGGUUAAGACACCCACAAAGUCUCUGCUUUGACAACAUUUUCUCUUUUUUCUUCUUUGGGGUGUGGUGGUCCUGCAUAGGAUUUGUACAGGUUUAUUCUGAUUUUUUCAGUUGUGUGAUGAAAAUGAAACUAAUCUACUGAGAGAUCAUUCUCAAUUUUAAUAAGGACUUUUCUGGGGGUGAUGAUAUAUGCUUGGAAUUGCUGUUAAGUUUGAUUUGGGUAUUUCAGAAAGCUUAAUUUUGGGGCAUUUAGAUUCAUUUUGUGUAUCAACUUUGAGUCCCUCUUUUUCUGGUUGGUGAAUGUACGCACCAAUCUUGACAAAAUUUCCAUAUAAUUUGCAAAAGAAUCGAUUCGGGUGUUUCUAGAAAAUUAAUUUUUUUGGUGCUUAAAAAGUAGAUUGUUGAGUUUUGGAGAUAGUGGUGUACCUGUAUUUGGCGAUUCAAGAGUUGCACAUUUGGUAUGAAAGAGAAUUCUUGAAUCAUUUACAGGGAAAAGUGAAUUAAUAACUUGACAGUUGGAUUGAAGGAGUUAGGUUCUGAAUUGAGUAUGUGGGGUGAAUUUGAUUGAAGGCAGGAUUAAAUGCCUACUUUAAUGUUGUUUACGUCUUCAACAAGUUUAAUUCUCGAUUAAUUUUGUUGUUGAAGGUUUUUGAUUAGUAAAGCUGGCAAAUUUAGAGUGAAAAUACUUGUCAGAAUUGCUCUUUUCGUCCAAAGGAAGAUCUGGUUACCAUUGCCUAAAGUUCAAGGCACUGGUUUAAGGCUCGUGGAUGAAAAAUAGAGGUAAAAAAAAUUGAUUCCUUGCCAGCUAAAGAGGGCAUUUUGUUCCUUGAGCUUUACUCUGUUGGAAAGCUUGUGGAUUUGGAAUUGGAAUGUGUUGAUCUUCUUCAAUAGUAAUCUCUGGCUGCAUAUUUUUUCUUAUUGGCGUAUCAGUUUUAGGGGCUCCAAUUUUCAGGAAGUUUGCAUGAACAAAAAGUUCUGAAGUCAAAAACUCAUCCAUUCGUUAUGGCAAAAAGAUCACAAAGACGACCUGUGCGAUUCGAAAAAGAUCAGGUGGGCUGUAUAUGGGGCUGGAUUGGUAUCUUCAACUUUCGCCAUGGUCGUUCAACUCACAGGAUGCUUUCAGGUGGGAGGUGGGAGAACAAACUACCUGUUGUUGGUGCUGGGCAUUCUAGGUCCGAAUUGUUGCUGACAAACUUUGAUGAGAAGUGUCAAGGAUUUUGUGAUGGUGAUGAAAGUGAAAUCAAAACAGGCGAUGAUGGUAAAACAAGUGUAAAGGAACUCAUGGAAGAAGAGAUGUUCGGUGAACAGGAUCCUAAGAAGCAUAUAAGAAGUACGGAAGUAGAACAAAAAGAAUCUAAUUCAGAAGGACGUGUGAAAAAGAACCGUAAGCGAACAAAGAAAACUAGCAAGGGCUCUUGUGAUAUACAUUGUGAUUUGAAUGCUGCCGAAAACUUGGUGCCUGAAAAUUCUAGUCGUCAUGUGUCAGAGCAAAAAAUCUCAAAUAAUCUUGAUCUUGAAGUAAUAAUAAAAGAGUUCUAUCAGCAGAUCCAUCAUAAAAGCACUAGUUGUGUGAAGCAGGACUGGCAUGAUGACCUUGACAUUCAGUCAAGCCAGAUUUAUUCUGUUUCUGAAGAAAAAAUAAGCGAGGCAAUUGAGGUGUUUGUAAAUCAGAAGUUUACUAACGGGAAGCAUCUGGCUGAAGACGGGAAAAUUUACCAGUCCAAAGAAUUAAUGGAUGCUCUCCAGACAUUAAGGUCAAAUAAGGAAUUGAUAUUGAAACUUGUAAAGGAUCCAGACACAUUGCUUGUGAAGCAAAUUCAGGAUUUGGAAGGUACUCGAUUAGAGGAAGACCGAAAUUCAAAGUCAGCGGCAAAAUCCCACCUGCUAGGUGAGGAACUAAGUAACUCAAGACCAUCUGAGCCUGUUAACUAUAAGCAGCACAAGUUCUUCAAGAGAAAGAGCAAGUCUCAGAAAAGAGACUUGUUUGAUGGAAAUGAGAACUGUCAACAACCUUCAAAUAGAAUUGUUGUUUUAAAGCCCGUACCAGCAGGAGUGCAGAAUUCUGAAACUGAUAGCAGCCUUAACACAUCAUUGCAAUCUCAUUUCAGCCUGGAGAACAAUGGGCAGAGCGAGAGAGUUGCUUCCCAAUUCUCAUUUACUGAAAUUAGACGGAAGUUAAAGCAUGCUAUGGGAAAGGAGCGGCACAGGAUCUCAUCAGAUGGUGUUACCUAUAAAUUUCCUUCUGAUCAUCAGAACUCGGGUAACACUGAGAAAGGGGUUGGUGGGGAGAAUGGUGGAUGGGGUUCUCCAAAUAGAAACCAUUUCUAUAAUGAAAGAUUUGCCAGACCUUCCAUUGGUGUAAAGAGAGGAGACCAGAUUAGCAAGCGAAAAGACACUGAGACAAGUAUGGGAACUGAACCUGUUGGAUAUCCUGAGCAAAGGGUAUCUAACAUCUACAGUGAGGCCAAGAAACAUCUGUCAAAGAUGCUGAUCAAUGAGGAUGGAAUUGAGAAAUUUUCAAGCAGGCGGUUACCAAAAACCCUGGGGACGAUUCUCUCUCUUCCUGAGUUCAACUUAUCUCCUAUUUCCAGUCCUGGAAGAGACAGGGACCACAUUUUUCCAACUGAACAGAUGAAAUUGUCUCCUUCCAACAAUAUUCACAUGGUAAACGAGAACAUUUGGCGGCAAGAAAAGUGUGUCAGCCGUCUUGGUCCAUCAAGGCAAAACUUGGAGAGCGAAUCAUACGCUACUGAUGACAGCCCUGAAGAUAAAGUACAAGCUUCCAGCUCAAAUCUUGAUAUCACUGAUGAGCUUAAUCAUGCUAAAUCACUGGUGGAAACCUCAUAUUCUAUGAGAGAUGAAAUGAGUUAUUAUGGUGAUGUGCAAAUUGUAAACGCUACUGAUACUGUAUUCCAGGAAAAAAGUGAAGUCCUAGAUGUUUUAGCUGAAAGCUCCUCAAUUACUAGAGAUGGCCAGGAGGAUACUGCUGAAGUUUCUGAAAAAAAGGAGUACCCACAGUGCUUGAUAUCGGACUUAAUUGAUGAGGACGAGUCAUUGUCUUCUCCAUUAGCAUCUCCAUCAAGCUCUUUAAUUGCCAAUCAAGUUGAAGAUCUAGAAAGUGCAAAUGAAAGAACAGAGCAACCCAGUCUCACGCCUGUACUCGAGGCCUUGUUGUUCACAGACGACGACAUCAGCCCUGCAAGCACCAAAACCCAACCUGUUGAACCACCAAUGCCAGCACUACAUCAGGUCUUUUCUGCUACUCAUGAAGGAAUAUGUGUAACAACUUGCAUGGAGGAUGAGGAAUCCACAUUUGAAUAUGUAGAAGCAGUGCUACUAGGUUCUGACUUGAAUUGGGAUGAAUUUCUCUUGAGGCGGCUAUCUUCAGACCAACUUCUUGACCCAUCAUUGUUUGAAGAAGUUGAGUUGUUUCCAAAUGGAUCUCGUCACGACCAAAAGCUCCUCUUUGAUUGUACUAAUGAAGUUCUUGAGGAGGUUUGUGAGAAUUAUUUCGGUUGCUCCCCUCGUGUGUCUUUUAUAAAACAGAACAUUCGGCCAGUUCCAAAGGGGAAGGAUCUCAUUGAUGAGGUAUGGGAAGGAGUCCAAUGGCAUCUUCUGCUGCAACCGCCAUCUCAUUCCAUGGACCAUAUUCUUAGAAAAGACUUGGUGAGAACUGGAACAUGGAUGGACCUUCGAUUUGAUAGUGCAAGUAUUGGUACUGCAAUGGAGGAAGCCAUUCUUGGAGAAUUGAUAGAAGACACUAUAACGAGCUUUCUAGAUGAAGGUCUCAGAAGUGAUCUUUCUGCGCUUCCAGCUGAGUAGAACGUAAAAGAGAAUAACAUAAAUUUGUAAAGCCCAAACAACUUGUUCGCUAGAAGUGGCCUGCCUCGAGUCGGGAGGAGAAAGAAGUAAACAAGUCAUUUCUAGCAUAUCAGGAGAGCAGUGUGCAGCAUCUACCAAGUUAGAAUUGGGUGUUUUCUAGCUCUCUCUCGGAGCUUUCUAUGGACAAUCUGACACUGGAUUUACUGACAUUGCCACUGAAACCAUAACGGUAUGGUAGUUAGAAAUUUCCAGUUUAUUAACAGAAUUUAGGAUUUCUCCGUGGUGGGAGGCAUUAAAUAAAGGAUCCUUGCUACAUGGGAAAGGACCAGAGACACCUAGUUUCCGUGCAAGUGCUUCUUGCAAAACUACAACUCAUGACGAGUGACACUACUGGGUGGGGUGGAUUUAACCCGGUGACAUUGGAGGUGUUCCUGUAAUUGUAGAUUUUGUAGGGUUCUGUGUGUUGAAUGUGUUGCGUCGGCUUCUCUGAACGUUUUCGCGCUUUAUUUUCCCAUAAUACUUCUGUUGUAAUUACAAUUUUUUUUUUUUUGCUGAGUAUUGUGAGUUGUGAGUAGUCAGUUGUAACUGAAAAAGGAAAUGAAUUGAGUGUUUUCCUGUUGCACCACACUGAAAAUAAUACUAUGGUUGUUGUAUUUUGUUUCAAAAA